AUGGCUUCUUCCAAUCGUCGAGCAUCACAUGAUCUUGGAUUUACUAGAACUACAAAUACAACAAAUCGUCGAACUAGUUCCAUUGAUAAUGAUGUUACUAAUAGUACAAUAUUUAAUUCUCGUCGUCUAUCAAUGGAUACUUCUAUCAGUACAUCUCAUUUACAAGCAACUGUUAUUGCGCAAGGUCCAUCUGUAGCUUUUUUCGGUAGUUGUGUUAUUAAUGAUAUUUUCUAUAUUCAUGGUGGAGUUAAAACACGUGGUGAUCAUUCACCAUCAAAUCGAAUGUUUAAAUUUCAAAAUAAUAUAUGGACAGAAAUAACAACAGAAGAUUCUCCUACACUUUCUUAUCAUCGAUGUAUUGUUAUGGGAAAUGGUGAAUAUAUUAUUACUAUUGGUGGAUGGGAUGGAUCAAAAAGAAAAUCUGAUAUAUAUGUAUUUGAUGUAGUUAAUACAACAUGGCAUCAAAUAUAUGCACCUGGAUUUCCUAGUGAUGGUGGUCUUAAUAAUCAUGCUGUUAUUCCAUUAAAAUCACAUGAUACAACAAUUCUUGUUAUUGGUAGAGAUGGUAGUUUAAGAACACAACGUAAACAUGGUGAUGCAUAUUGUUUACGUGGAGACCCAGCAAAACGUACUUUUCGGUAA